AUUUUGAUUUGAGUGCUCAAGUCCCCUCUUUAAAAAGCUUGAGAUUGAUGCUACAAACCACGAAGAAGACAAUUAAUAAAGAAACAGCUAAAAAAUGGUGUCAAGGGAGAACAAGAAAGCUGCAAUGCAUGACAAGCUGCAACUCCUUCGAUCUGUUACAAACUCUCAUGCAACGAAAGAUUCAUCGAUCUUAAUUUGAUGCAUCCAAGUACAUAGAAGAGCUUAAACAGAAAAUAGAUAUUCUGAAUGAAGACAUAGCUCGAAGCUCAACCUACUCAUGGCCUAUGGAUUUGAAUCAGGUUACAGUAGAAACCAUGGAAAAGGGUAUACAAGUAAAUGUGUAUUCAGAAAGAAGCUGCCCAGGUCUACUAGUUUUUGUGUUGAAAGUGUUUGAAGAAUUCAGUCUUAAUGUGUUGGAAGCUAGGGUUUCUUGUACAGGCAGUUUUCAACUUGAAGCACUUGGAGUUGAGAAUGAAGAAAAUGGAGAGACCAUCGACACUCAUAUGGUGAAACAAGCAGUCUUACAAGCAAUUCAAGACUGGAACGAAAGCAAUGAUCAAGAGUAAUAAAUAAUUUAGAUUUCCUCUAAUAUUCUUCAAUGUUCUUAAUUAUUCUUCUUCCUCUAAGUUCAUGGUUUCCCUCUAUUUAUAUAAGUAAUGAUUUCAAGUCGAAGGAAAUAGCUACCUAGCUAGCCUUCGAGAAUCAUCAUUUCGAGCAAAGUAUUUUUGAAAAAAGUUAAUUAAUUAAUCAACCUUAAGUAAUAUGAUCUUCUUCUUCGAAUGUAAAAGAAUGCUUGGGUCUUAUGGAAUCUAGGA